AGGAAUAGAAACAUGUCAGAUCCAUCCACUGCAGUGCAACAGUUCUGCAAUUGCAACCAUGACACAGUAAUUACCACACAGAUGUUCUGGACUCAUACAUCACUCGUGAAGUAUCUCAGCAUGCGUGUGCAAAGACUUGAAGUGUGAUUUUGUGUUACAUUGAUUCAAAUAAAAUCUGCUUGCAAAUGAGUUAUAUAAAGACUGGAGGAUAGAAAGCACGUGAUCUGGGAGUGAAAGAUUGAUCGUGUCGUGUUUCUUUAUCUCCCAGAAUAUUUCCCCUACCUCAAUGCAUGCACUUUUUCUUGCCUUUCAAGUGUAGGUUACAAAUACAAGUAGUAAUGGCAGCUUUGAAUAACAGCGCUCGACUCGCUCAUGAAUUGGUUUUGCCAGCGCAAGCGUUGGAAAGGGCGGUGGCGCUGGCAAAAAAAAAUAAAAAAGAGAGAGAGAGAGAGAGAGAGAGAAAAACGAUAUGCCGGAUUCGUUGCACAACAGUCGGCUGCGGACGGGACUUCGCUUUUCCGUAAUAACCUUGAGCGACAGAAACGUCGUUAAAAUGAACUCUUCAGACAAUCGGGUUGAUUCUUCCCUGAAUAAAUCAUUUUGCCAGAGCCGAAAUGAACGCUGCAUCGUUUGAGCGAGCCCCCUCCCUCCCUGUGCCCACACAGCAACACCACGGCACAUCGAGGAGAGGGAGGAGGAGAGGAAUCAGUCUUGCUCGGAGGGCAAACAUUUUUAUCCACAACAAGGCAAACAUGGACACGCGGGGAGAAAAUCAAGCAAAAUGGGCACCAGCCAGGUAGCAGGCGGCGUUCUGCACGUAGUCAUGCGGACCAUUUCCUCCCUCUCGGCGUGGCGGGAGACGUGCAUCUGGUCUUAAAAAGGCGGAUUUUUUUUUUUCUUGCCAAAUACUGCCUCCCUGCGAUGGCAACAACAGCGCAUUACGGAUUAUGUUUCAUUAUUUUCAUAUACGGGGGCUGCACGAAGGGGCAGAUUCGCUACUCCAUUCCGGAGGAGCUGGAGAACGGCGCACAGGUGGGUGACAUCGCCCGCGAUUUAAGUCUGGACCUGAAGAAACUCGUCAGCCGACGCAUCCGCGUGACGCCUGAGAGUGGACGGCGCUAUUUCAACGUCAAUCACAAAAGCGGGAAGUUGGUGGUGAGCGACCGUAUUGACCGCGAGAGCCUCUGUCAGGCGGGUGUCACCUGUUCACUCAGCCUGAAGGUGAUUGUGGACCACCCCCCGGAAGUGCACCACGUAGACGUGGACAUUCUGGACGUCAACGAUCACGCGCCGAGCUUCCCGCAUUCGGAGUAUCGACUGGAAGUGUCUGAAUCGGCUCUCACCGGGACCAAGUUCCACAUCGAGGCCGCCGGCGAUCCGGACGAGGGCUCCAACUCUGUGACGCGGUACCGCCUCAGCCCCAACCAGCAUCUGACCCUGGACUCCGUUAAGCCUUUCGCUAAUAGCGAGCACAUUGAGCUUAUUCUCAAAAAGCCCUUUGACCGCGAGCAGACGCCAUCUGAUCAGCUCAUCCUGACAGCCGUGGACGCCGGCACCCCGCAGAGAAGCGGCACAGCCAGAAUCAACGUACACGUCCUCGACGCCAACGACAACGUGCCUGUCUUUGACAGCUCGGUGUAUAAAGUCAAAGUGAAGGAAAACUCCCCCAAAGGAAGUCCUGUCAUUCAAUUAAGUGCCACAGACCUGGAUGAGGGCUCCAAUGCGGACAUUUUUUACUCCUUCAGUAGUUACACUCCGGAAAGGGUCAGACAGACGUUCCACAUGGACACGGACACGGGAAAGAUAACAGUGAAGAAUAAUCUAGACUACGAGGAGACCAGCUCGUAUGAAAUCUACAUUCAGGCCAUGGACAAGGGGCCCGCCGCCGUGGCGGCGCACUGUAAAGUGGUGGUAGAGGUUUUGGACGUUAACGACAACGCGCCCCAAAUUGUCCUGUCGUCUCUUUCCGCUCCUGUGCGCGAGGACGCCCGCGCCGACACCGUUGUGGCUCUGAUCAGCGUAAACGACCGAGAUUCUGGCCCAAACAAGCAAGUGGUCCUGGAGCUCUUGCCUCCCACGCCUUUCAAAAUCCAAUCCUUCCGUAACCACUAUAUUGUCGUCACCUCGGCGUUCCUGGACCGUGAGAGCGUCUCAUCCUACAACGUCACCGUAACCGCCGUGGACGGUGGCACGGCUCCGCUUUCGUCUCAAAUGACCUUCCAAGUGGACGUCGCCGACGUAAACGAUAACCCUCCGCGAUUCGAACAGACGUCGUACACCGUCUACGUCGCUGAGAACAACCCCCCCGGUUCGCCGCUCUGCACCGUCAGGGCCACCGACGCUGACGCGGCCGAAAAUGCGCGCAUCACCUAUACCGUCCUCAAUGACAACAACCACGGCAUCCCUGUGGCCAGCUACGUCGGCAUCAAACCCAGCACCGGUGAGGCCUACGCGCUGCGCACCUUUGACUUUGAGACACUGAGAGAAUUUCACUUUCAGGUGAAAGCGCAGGACAACGGCGCACCCCCGCUAAGCCGCGUGGCCACGGUGUACGUUUACGUCAUGGAUCAGAACGACCACGAGCCGAGGAUCGUGUACCCGCCUGCCAACGGGAACCGCACCGCCGAGACGCUGCCGAGGAACGCCGAGGCCGGCGCGUUGGUGACGAAGGUGGUGGCGUGGGACGGCGACGCCGGGCAGAACGCGUGGCUGCUGUACGCCCUGCGACCCCCCAGCCCGGAGUUUGACCUCUUCAAGGUGCACGAGCGCACCGGCGAGAUCCGCACCACCCGGCGCGUCAUCGAGGACAACGCCACCUCCUUUGCGCUGACCGUUCUGGUGCGUGAUCACGGCCUGCCGCCGCUCUCGUCCACCGCAACUGUCCACGUGCACGUGCUGGAGCUCGUGCCCAAGUUGACCCCCGACCCCAAGCGCAUCGUCAGGCCCGAAAGCCCCCUGAUGUUUUCCCACGUCACCAUCUACCUCAUCAUCGCCCUGUGCGCCACCACCUUUGUCUUCUUGGUGACCGUCUGUGUGCUGGCCAUCGUGCGUUGCCAUGCCUACUGCACCCAGCCCGGUUCCUGCUCGCCUUGCUGCGUGUCCAAGAAGACGCAGCCCGAGGGGGGCGGCGGCGGCGGCGGACGACCCGCGCCGGCGGGAGGCCAGUCGGCCGCCCACGUGGCCCUGCGCCGAGACCUUAAAGUAGAACCGCAUUACAUCGAAGUGCGGGGCAACGGCUCCGUCACCAAAACGUACUGCUACAAAACGUGCCUGACGGCCACUUCGGGCAGCGACACGUUUAUGUUCUACAACACGGGACGACCCCACAGCGGCACCUGGGGCUCGGGCUACGUCACCAGCCACAGCGGACACAGCCAGAUAGUCGUCCGCCGUCUCAGUAUGCCCGAUGCGGGCGCCAUUCAGCCCAAGGUGCCCAAUUCUGAUUGGCGAUAUUCAGCCUCCCUGAGAGCAGGCGGUGUCAUGCAGAGUUCAGUCCAUAUGGAGGAGUCCUCGGUGAUGCAGGGAGCCCAGGGGGUUCUGGUUCAGAACUGGCCCACAGCAUCAAGCGCUGCUGACGCUGAAGGGGGAGAGGUGUCACCCCCGAUGGGCGCCGGAGUCGACAGCAACAGUUGGCACUUUCGCUACGGCCCCGGGGGUCCCGGCGGCCCCCCGCAGCACCUGAAGGCGGGCGACGUUCCGCCGGAGGCGUUCAUCAUCCCCGGCUCCCCCGCCAUCAUAUCCAUCAGACAGAACCAGGGAGGAGAGGACGACAAGAGCGACUUUAUCACCUUCGGAAAGAAGGAGGAGGCCAAGAAGAAGAAAAAGAAGAAGAAGGACAAGAAGGACAAAAAGGGCAAAGAUGACGAUGAGUAAAGAAGCGAGCGGGGAAAAUUGGCAAAGAAAAGAAAAAAGGGUGUUGCUAAAACAGAGGUACCAACCAAAGUCCAUCCACUGGCUUUGCUUUUAGGCUGGCCUUUACCGUCACUCCUCACCGAGGUCAAUUAUUGAUCUUGCCUUCAGAAACAAUAAAAAGAUUGAUUUUCAUCCACGCUCCCAUGUGCCUACACCCCCCGAGUCAAGCAAAAUGUUGCUCCCGCGUAACGCAGGAGCGCUUUUGACCCUCAUCCCCUCCCCGAUCGUUUCGCCCCCUUCGAGCAACCCGCUGGGCACGUUGGCACCUCUGUAUUACCCCCUCCCCCAAACCACGAGAAAGAAAUCGUUCUCUGCCAGACAAGACAAACAACUUUGUACAAGCUCUGUGCCAGCCAAGAAAAAGGAAAAAGUCAAGUGUGUGCAAUCUGAAGCUGGAUACACAACACAACACAACACACACACACGUACACGCAUCCACGUCGACAGUCGACGCACGACACUUGUAAAUAGCACAGGGGAGAGUCACUGAAACCAAGGCUAACAUUUCCAACAAAACUGCUGCAGAAUCCUAACUUUACUACCGACAGUGUUUCCUGUGAUUGCGACCGAUGCGCACGCGUGCACGCUCACACGAUCCAACGCGCUAACACAAGCUUCAAAAAUAUCAAGAAAACAUUACAAAAUAAAGGCAAAGGAACGAAAACGAGGAGCUGAAAACGAGGCUUUUUGUCACCCGCGAGGACGGACGACGCAUCCCUUUGCCAUCGUUUUUGCUCCGUGCUUCGAAAGGACAGAGAGAGCGAAACCCCACGCGGAGGCCGCAAGCGGGUCGGAUCGACGGGAAGAGAACCGGCGGUCGACUCCGCCGAUCAGUCGCUGGAGUCUGAAGAAGACGAUCGGAAUCUUGACAUUUUUGGUAGCGCCCUUUCUUCUCGUGCCCCCACGCUGCAGCCAAAGCUGAAAGCUUUCCCGCUUUGAAUGUUUGGUAGCAACCGGCCUUCACCCGAAAGCGCUUCAAGUCCUCACCUGCUUGUGCUCCUUCUUUGCUACCGCAACCACAACCCCGCUGACGGCCUCUUCGUGUCAACCUCCCUUUCCUCAAUUCUCUGAAGAGAUUCACAGUACGUGUUUUUGCCAUUUUACGUGGAGAGCCCUCCCACCGAUUCUUGCAUGUCCCGCCCCUCCUGACGAGUCUCCCCCCACCCGCUCAGGUCCUGUCCCGGGAAAAACGGCCGCUCUGAACAUUGUGGUGUGCUGACGGCAGCAUGGAGUAAUGUGGAUGUGGACCAUUUUGUGAGGGGACCGGGGUGGGGGGUGGCUGGAGAUACACGGCUUCGAAUGCAAAAUAGUUCCAAAAUAGCUUUUCAGGUUAAUGCGACACGAUGCUGAUGACUUUUGGUUUGUUGCCGCUCUCGGGAGACGGGUUGAGAUGAGUCACGGUGUCGGGGAAGCGGGCAGGGAGCGAGGUGGCAGGUGCCCUUGUCCCCCCCCUGCCCCCCUCCCUCCGCCUCAAGUCGAUUGUUAAUCAUCAAUCUUCUACGUACGCUGUGCAUUUAGCUUUUGAUUGAUUGUCUCCACACCAAUUAGUGAACCUGCUAAAAAAAAAAAAAAAAAAAAAAAUGGAAUAAUAAUCAUUGGCUCCCUCGUGAAUGGCAAAAUGUUCCCACUCGCGUGUCCUGAGGCGAUCGAUGACCAUGAGGCUGAAACUCGCCUCCGUCGCCCUCCCUCUCCUGCCUGGAACUCAUCCCCCACCCCGCCCCCCAAAAGUUUUGCGGCUCGGGAUGAUGUCACUCCGUGAAGUGGCUGCUGCAUGUACUGCUCUAAGGAAACACAUACUAUAUAGAGAAAUAUAUAUAUAUAAAUAGAUAGCAAUGAUUUUAUUUUUUUUGCAUUAUUUUCUCUCUUCAUAACUCACACAGGAAAUACUUGUAUGUACUUCUCUUGUCUCUGCCCAACAUCUACAGUAUGUAUUCAAAACGUCACGCUCUGCUGAUGUGCUAUGGGAGCCACUAAACCUUUCGAUAUUUGUAAUGCUAUAGUGUGAUAUAUAUACACGUUUUUAAUGCAUUUUUUCCCAAAUUUUUAUUUAGGCUUUUGAAAACAAAAAAAAACAAAAAAAACAAAAAAAAGUCACUCUCUCUGUCCAGCUUUUGACAUGAUGAUCUAACUAACACUUGUAAUAUUGUAACAUGUAAUAUGUAUGAUCCUAUGAUGAGCAAUCGUUUCCCUUUCAUUCUUGCAAAAAAAUACUAAUAAAAAAAAAAAAAUCACCCAAAAAAACUGUGGGGAAAUGUAUAUGUAGUGCUUGUAUUUAGUGAGCUUUCAUGCCGUCAUUCUUUCCCGGUGUUUGGUGGUGAACUUUGGUGGCAAUGUGCGGUCUGGACGAGGACCAGCCCAGAUCUGUUUUGAAGUUUUUGGGUUUUUUUUUUUUUUCUUUCUUUCUUUAUAAUCGUACACCCGCUCAUCAAAUGUGACUGUGAAAUAGUGACUUUCAUUUAUUUCCAUUCCGCUUUUGCCUUUUAUUUGAUUUACAUGGAAACAGUGGUAACGUGUUUUGUUUAUAACUCACAAAUAA